UUCAAAGCGAGCGGUGCACGCGACGGACGGCGUUUUCUUGACAAACGAACAAGCGAGCUAUCUGUUCACGACGAGUCGAGCAAAAUAAAUAAAACCAGCGCGAUACACAAAAGGCGAAAAGCAACAAAACUGCUCUUAAGCAUAGAUUGACAUACUGUAUAAUAAAUAAUUGUGCUGAGAUAUUAUUACACGUUAAUCGGCUUUUGGCUUAUUAUACUAUCUAUGCAUGCAAAUUGAUAGUAAACAACAUAAUCGUAAUUCAUACAUAUUUAAUUAAAACAAUUGCGGUUUCAUUAAAUGCAAAUCCCUUUUUGCGAAUAGAACGCGCGAGUGCAGUACGAAAAUCAAUUGGAAAUUAAAUCAAAACACAUUGAGAAUCUAAAAUCCCGUUACAUCCGUUACAUGAACGGCGACGAGCAAUUCGGACAUUAACCGUUACGCUUACCGCGCUCCUAUAUUUCGUUGUGUUUGGGAGUGUGUGUGUGUGUGUGUUUUCGGUGAGCGUUGUGUCUGUGUGCGUGUUAUGACAGAGCGAGCGCGCGAGAACGAGACGGAAACGGAGUUGUUGGAGAAGGCAAAGUGGAGCGAUAAAAGCAAGAGCGAGAAGAGCUUUGACAAUAGGCAAAUAGGCAAAUCAUAUGCCGCCCACGUAAUGUGUGACGAAAUUUAAAUUCGCCAUCUAUGCAAAUACAAUUGCACAAAUCGCCUGUGCAUGUGUGCGAGCGUGUUAGUGUGUGUGUGUGUUCUUUGCGUUUGUGUGUAUAACGUAUAUACAUAAGUGAUAGAGAGAGAGAAGUGGGAUAUUCAUGUGGAUUACCAUAAACAUAAACAAAGGAUUAGAAAGAAACAACAGAAGUAGCAGCUACAGAAGCGGCAGCAGCAGCAGAAGAAGACGACAAGCAAAGGAAACCACAGAAACAUUUCUGGAAUUACAACAGUAAAAGAAGAAGAAGCAGUGGCAGCAGAAGCAAAGCUUUCGUUGAAAAAUAUCUCGGAGAUUGGAGCUAAGGAGUUUGAGAGAUACAGAGGGUCGUCCGCAUCCGACAGAUUCCAGCAGCAACAGCAACAGCAGCAGCAGCAGCUGUUUGCUUCCAUCGCUGUGUGUGUGACAAGCGCAACUAAUGAGCACAACGCAGCUACAACAGCAGCCAGCAAGCAGCAACAAAUCGGAAACAGGAAGCAGCAGCAACAGCAGCAACAGCAACGACGACGAACGAAAGUAAAACUGCGUGGCCAUUAUUAUCAUUACUAAAUAAUCGUAACUGUGAUAGCACCAAAGAAAGAAAAAGAAAAGCAAAGCAGCGCAAAGUUGAAAAUACUCACGAUACAUAUAUCAGAUACAUUUACCCGCAGCUACAGCUACAGAUAUAGAUACACGUUCAAGUUGCUGCCGUGCGUAAUUACGUUUCAGUGAUUUUCAAACUAAUAAAUGUCGUACGCGCAAUUGCCGGCAACGACAACAACAACAACAACUAUUUGCUAAAGCCAAGCAGCCAACAAAACUCCGCACAAAAUGGCGCACAAAAUGAGGCAGACAACAACAGUGGCAGCAACCACACUAAAGGCAACAACAGCCACAUCAGCAGCGACAGCAACACACACGAGAGCAACACAGAGCUGCAGAAGAGCAACACGAGUUGGCGGCACGCAUUCAAGUUCAAGGCGGUCAUCGUUAAUCACAUGUUUUAUAUCCUGCCACACGUUUAGCUCCACAUUGUUGUUGCUGCUCGCGCUUGUGCUCGUUGCCACAACGCCAGCAGCAGCAGCCAGCAAGCAGGCCACUCGCAGCAACAACACAUCAGCAGCAGCAGCGGCGGCAGCAGCACAACAAGCGACGCCCGUUUGGGAUCAUGCCAUCGAUUUGAAUGAGGAUUUUCGCAUACUAUGGCAAAUCAUUAAUCAGGAUAUAACAUUUGAAAUACAAGCACGUACAUUAGGUUAUGUCGGCUUCGGAUUCUCACCCGACGGUAAUCUUGCCGGCGCGGAUAUGGCCAUCGGUUGGGUGGACAAGGGUCAAACGUAUUUUCAGGAUCGACAUAUCACACGCAAUGGCGACACUGAGCCCCUUGUGGAUCCAUCGCAGGAUUAUAUGCUGAUGCUGGGCUAUGAGAAUGCCACGCACACGGUGCUGCGAUUCCGUCGCAAGUUGGACACAUGCGAUGCCAGCCAUGACAUCGCCAUAACGAACGACACGAUGCGCUUACUGUACAUGUAUCACGCACAGGAUCCACCGCAUGGCUCGGUGCGUCCCGGCACGUUGCCUGAUCCGGCGCGCGCCUUUCGACCAUAUCGACCCAUGGUGUUGAUGCAGCGUGCCCAGCUGCAGUUGCCAUCGCCGCAUGAUGAGCGCGUCCGUGUGCUCGAGCUGCGCAACGAGGAUGUCGAAUUGCCCGACGGCGAUACACCGCUCUUCUGGUGCAAAAUGUUCAAACUAGAGGAUAUCAAUCGCAAGCAUCAUCUUAUUCGGUACGAGCCGAUUUAUGAUUCAUCGUCCAGCGUACACUACUUGCAGCAUAUAACGCUCCACGAGUGCCAGGGCUCCCACUCGGAACUCGAGGAGCUGGCACGCGAACAGGGCAGACAGUGCAUGGGCGCCCGUUCCAUACCGCUGGCAUGCAAUGCCAUUGUUGCCUCCUGGUCGCGGGGCAGCGAGGGCUUUACGUAUCCCCAUGAAGCUGGCUACCCGAUUGAGUCGCGACAGGCCAAAUAUUAUUUAAUGGAGACCCAUUAUAACAAUUUGAAGCCGGACUUUGCCCAAUUGCAUGCCAGACAAAUGGCGGAUAAUUCUGGUUUGAAAAUCUACUUUACGCACGUGCUGCGACCAAAUGACGCUGGCAUAUUGUCAAUCGGCAUGGAUCCCAAUUGGCGCCACAUUAUACCGCCGGGACAGAAGCGCGUGAUAUCCGAGGGCCAAUGCAUUGAGGACUGCACCGGUUACGCCUUUCCAGCGCAGGGCAUCAACAUUUUUGCGGUCAUGAUGCGCACACAUCAAAUCGGCAAGGAGGUUAAAUUGCGUCAGAUACGACAAACCGAGGAGCUUCCGCCAAUUGCACACGACAGCAAUAUAGAUGUGGCCUAUCAGGACUUUCGACGUUUGCCACAGUCAGUGCAUUCCAUGCCCGGCGAUAGACUCAUCGCCGAAUGCAUUUAUGACAGUUCGUCACGAAAGGCAAUUACGCUGGGUGGCCUCACAAUGAAGGAAGAAAGCUGCACUGUGCUGACACUUUACUAUCCACGCCAAAAGAAACUGACAACGUGUCAUUCACUACCCAGCCUGCCCACAGUGUUGCAUUCUCUUGGUAUCGAACAACUUGCAACCGACUCAAAUCCCGUGCUGAUUUCAUCACCGCCCGAAUUGGCUGGCAUGACUCUGGAGGCACGUCUGAUAUCCUACGAUUGGGAAAAUCAAUUUGGCGAAUUUCAAGAGGCAACACGCAAAGGCAGCUUUAAGCCCAUCUGCUGGGGAGCCAAGAACCAUGUGGUGCCGGGCUCGGAGUUUCUCGAAGGCUACAGCAUAAAUGUAACCAAAACGUAUAAGAAACACAAACGCUGCAAGCCCAAGCGUCUCUAUGCGCCCAUCACGGAACGCACCUCGCCAUCGGCGGAUCUCAGCGAGUUGCCGGUGCUCCAUGAGCUGGACAACAACAACAUCAUCGAGGGUGCGGCGCGGAGUAGUCGCAGCUCGGCGACCGACGGCCAUGGUGGACUAAGUGGUGCCACCAAGAAUAAUUGUGGACAGCUCUCCAGUUGUCUGCUGUGGCUGGGCGCCUCCUCAUGGUGGCUGCUCCUAAUGCUCAGGACGUGAGGAGCGGGACCAGCACAGGGAAGCAGCGGCAGCAGCAGCAGCAACACAGGCACAAGCACCACCGUCUAACUACACUAUAUACAUACUACAUUACAUUACAUAUAUAAAAAAAAAACAGUAAAAAGGCAACUACAACUCUUUAACUAUAAAUGGCAGCUCUUAAUCCUACUACAAUACAAAAAACAGAAAAAAUAGACAAACAACAAAACAAAACUAUACAAAAAAAUGAAAGCAGUACAGAAAAUGUAAUGACAAAAAACACAAAAAAAAAGAAAACACUAUGAAAAUACUAUUAAUUAUUCAUAAUAAGCUAGAAGGAACCCCCAACAGACCCUCAGUCCUAUAUCCUGCUGUUUCUCCCUGUUUAUUUAUGCCAAGUUUCGCGCACAUUUUGUUGUUUUUGUUCUAGUAUUUAGUAAAUUAUUAAUGAUUUUUUUCUAACGUAUUUUAAGUAAGAAACAAGCAAACAUAACACACAAAAAAAAUAAAAAAAAUAAUCGCGUACCGCAUUUUAAAACCGAAAAGCAAUAAUUAGUUGUUGUUGUCGUUAUAUGAUAUACAAAACAAAACAAAAAACUAAGAGGAAAAAGCAAAAAAAAAAAGAAUGCAAAAAUAUAUAUAUACGAGUACAUAUUAAAUAGACAACUACGAGUAUAUAGUAUAUAUAAAAAACUAAAUACUAGUACAGUCAUUCCUUCUACAUAAUAGUUUUAUUAUAGUCUAUAGCAUAUACAUAUAAUAUAUAUUAUCUAUAUAUAGGGUUGGACUCAUGUAAAGCUUGAACGUCUGAUGAUUUUUGUUGGGCAUUGCAAGACACAAUCGUAAUUGAAGAAAUUCAGUAAAUCACUUGAGCAAAAUGAGCAAAGAGACGAGUUAGUUGAAGAACAGGAAGAUGGCAUAUAAAAACUAAACCACAUAAACAUAAACUUACAUAACAUACAUCAUAAAAUGCAUACACAUAGCAUAUAUAGAUCAUAAAGAAAACACCUAAAGCAUGAAAACAUACUCGAAUCCCAGUUAAGUUUAGUCACUUGUAGUGCGUGCAAACUAAAAGGAACUAAGUUCGGAGCGUAAAAAGAGGAAGAACUACAUAAAUUACAGCAUAUAAAAAAAUUAUAUACGUCCAUAUAUAAAAGAAAAGAAAACAAAAAGAGCAAACAAGCAACUAAGUAACACAUUUAUUUAGUUAAUGUUUGGAAAGACUUGCGACCUUUACUUUGUUUCUUUGAUUCGGAAAUGGCAAACUCCUACAAGACUACCCGACUCUCUAGCGAGUGUGAUUAUGAUGAUGAUGAUAAUGAUAUACGAUUGAUAAUUAUCGAUAGUUUUCAAUUGAGUUAAAGGCCAGAUAAGAACUUCGGCAAGAGAUUGCCAUCCUGUAUAGAUUUCCGUUAAAAAAUACUAUUAAUUAUGUUUGCUAGGGAUGGGCGGCUAAUAGAUAUAUCGAUAAAUGUAAACUAUAUUUUCUAGAGUUGUGACAGAUUUACUAUCGAAACUAUCGAAAAACACAGUUUAGUUAGUAUUUCAUUGCAAAUUGCCUACACCUAGCUCAAAACUGUAUAUUUUUGUUGAUUUAUCGCUAUAAAUACUCGCUUUAACUUCCUAUUAUUUACUACUAGGUUUAUAUAUGUUCAGUUACUAUUCAAAACUCGACUCGAUAUAAUGCUCUCUACACUCAAAGUGUUGCCUUUCUCUAUCUCAUUUCAUUCACUAUACUCUUAUGUAUUUAUAUCGUUAAACUAACUCUCUAUUACUAUUUCUGUCUCUUUUUACUAUUUAUCUUCAAACUAUGGAUCUGUAGCCAUAACUAAAUGUAUGCUAGGAAACUAAGGUGUAAAUACUUUCUACUUGAUAAGGCAAUCGAUAAGGCAAAACGACGACGAUGACGAUGCGUUAAUUGCAGGCGAAAUAAUUUCGCGUGUUAGAGAGGAGCUAAGCAUUAUACAGGGUGUGUGAUUAGGUAUUUGGAAUGGGCAUAGGUAUAAUAGGUAUAUAUAGAUCGUAUAUAUACAUAUAUAUAGUAUAGAGAGGGAGAGAUCACAACUACUAUAUAUAUGUUAGGUAUGUACACACAGAUAUGACUCCUAGCCAGACGAGAGAUUUGAGGGCCGUCAAGUUCUGCUCGAGAGUAGUAAAAAUAUACCAUAUAUACAUGCAUAAAUACGAUUACGAUAUACAUACAACAUACAACAUACAUAUAAAUAAAUAAAUAUAUACAUAUAUAUAUAUACAUACAUAACUAUUACUAUAAAGUCUAUAUAUACAAUACAAUACAUCUAUAAGUAGUUACGUGGUUCGUAGUUGUAAAUGUGAAUGUGAGUAUUUUAUACAAUGGCAAAACAAAAACUAAUAUUAAUAAAAAUACAAAUACAAAUAAAAGCAAACGUAAAUAAAGCAAAGCGUAAAUCGAUUAAAUGAAACCCCCUCAAAAAGCAAAAAAAAAAAAAACUAAAGUUACAAUUUUUAUACCAAAAUGGCAUCAGAUAAGAGCGAUUGCUGCAUGCGUAUAGAAUAUAUAAGAUAUAUAUAUAUAUAUCUAUACAAAAAUCAUAUAUAGUAUAUAUUUUUAGGAUAACUGCUGUUAACUGGCAUUAACUAUGGAUUAGUGACAAGUUGGCAAAUGCAAAGUUGAAACAAUCAAAAAAUUCCCCAUAUUUAACGUAACGUGCAAAAAAAAAAUAAUGAGAAAAAAUUUGCGCAAACUGUUAGAAAGUUUGCCACAAAUUAAAAACUAUUUGCGCAAACCAACACACACACACACACACACUCAUCCACGCACACACACAUACACAUAUACACAAAUAGUAUAUAGAUACAAAACACCUACAAAAAAAGAAGAACUUUAGCCCUGUUAGAAAUUAAACACAGAAAAAAUAAACGCAAAAGGAAAGUUUGUUGUGCAGAGAAGAGUGAAGAGAGCUCGAGGACUGCGCCUUGGGGGCGUGACUGUUAAAUAUGGGCCAACGUGUUUGAGGUUUAUACUGCUGACUUUAGUUUUUUUCUCUUGUUUUUGCAUCAGGCCACUUGACGAGCAACUUUUUAAUGGGCGUCGAGUAAGGCACUUUGUGUCGCCACCCACCUUUUGCCCUCCCCCGAUCCUUAUUCCCUUUCUAGCUGCAAUCCUGCCUCCACUUUCAAAGCUUUGACCCAGUAAAGGAAAACAGAGCGCCAAUGACGACAACAAUGAGUACGUCUAAUUAGGAAAAGCCAAAAAAAAAAGAAAAAAUGAUGGAAAUAAUAAAAAUGAAAGCGGGAAAGCGAGCAACAAGCAAAGGUUUUCAUAGUUUGGCCUAUACUCUUUAUAUUUUCGUUUUCCCUUUCAUUCUUCUGUUUUUUUUUUUUGGGAGGCCUUGUCAUAGCAACCUGCCAUUUUUUUUUGCGUUUGUUGCUGUUGUUGCUGGUUUUUUGUCUGGCAUUUUAAUUAAACUUCUGGCCAACAAGAAAGAAAAGAAAUCGAAUACAAUAUGGAUCGAACAUAAUUAAAGUCACUCAAAAAAGCGGCAACUCUUCAGCAUUUUCGAUUAAAUAUUUGAUUUUUUCCCCACAUACACAGACUCACGAGCAAGUAACAAUGGAGAACAACAACAAGAAGAACAACAUUCUGCACAACAACUGAAAACAUCUACACUAUACAAGAACGAAAAACAAAAGAUAUAAAGUAAAAGUAUUAUACUAUAUAAUUUAAUUAAAUGCAAACAAAAACGGUUUUGGAAAAUGUACUUGCGAUAGCUACGACAAAAAGUCAGAAAAUAGUUUAAAAAACUACAUAAACAUAAAAAACGAAACAAAAAAAAAUACAAGCGAAACUAACAUACCAACAACAACAAAAUGACGAUGAAGAACAAAAAAAGUAUAAACUCAAGCUAAACAAAAAGUAAAAGGAAACUAUAUACUACAUUUAAAAUGCAACAAGCAACACACACAUACACCCACACGAACACACAUUCUAGCAAACAUUUAGCGAACAUUUUAGCGUUUGUGCUAUGGGAAUGAAAAGAAGAUUUACUGGCGGAUUUGUAGAGAAUGCGAUGCUAAACAAAAAUAGUGAAAAGACAGGGCAAGCAGUCAAGAAGUAGAGAGUGUGAGUGAAAAAUGCCAGAAGUUUUCAAUGAAGUUAUGCUAAGCGAGCGGCUUUUCUGAAGCCUUUCAGCAACAGCUACUCGACUUUCAGAGGCAACACAACUGCUUCUACUAAACAGAGGUGUAAAAUGCUGAAGAAAAGCUACGAGAAACAAUUGUGUUGGAGAUGCUGAAUUGUUUAGGCUAUUUAUUUAAAUAUAUUAACAUUAAAUAUGUUUAAAAUUUAUCUUAAAUUGUUUAGUGUAUUUUCUCACUUUUCUUUAAUUUCGCUGUACCUUAAAUCCAUUCAAAAGUAUAUAAGUCUUUACUUCACUCUCUUAGAAGCCACAUCAAUCUAUCAAUUAGAUCACUCUAAAUAUUAAACAAAAAUAAAUUUGUUAACUCUAAUAACCAAAAAUUUCUUGAUGACCAUUAGAAGCAAUAUUAAAUGGUGGAGAAAAACUACGCAAAACAACUGAAUUGGUUAGUGCUGUAUCUAUUUACAUUUACUCAAUUUAAAUAUGUUUUAAAUAUAUCUACAAAAAUUAUAAGAGAAUUUUCUAGCUCCUUUUUCAAUCUUUUAGAAGCACAUCAAUCUAUCAAUUAGAUCUCUGUAAUUAUCACAAAAGAAAAAAGUAAUUCAGUUAGCUACAAUUGCCGAAAAGUUUCAAGCCAUUGGCUCAUCAAUUCAAUAUUUAUAUUCAUUUGGAUCAAUUAAAAGUUUUGCUUCAAUUAUAAAUUUCUUCUUUCAUUGCAAAAUAGCAAAAAGUUGUUAUACGCUUUAAAGAGCAACAAAAUCUUAAGCCAUUUUAUAUUACUUGUUUCAGUUUUCAUUGUCUUUUGAUUAAACACAUAAUAAAAUGGCAUUGCCUUUGUAAUUUAUUCCCAUUCUUUUAACUGUGGCACUUGUACCCUGCUUAGUAUCAGCAUGUUGCCUUUUAGUGCUUUUUCUUCUCUAGCAUUUCUUUGUCAGUUUGAACGCAUUGUUCUGAGCCAACUAAUAAGGUACUUUUUUACGCAAGAAAAGGAAAAAAACUGACCCAAUUAGCUCGCUUACUGCAACUUCAAAAUGGCGCUGGAAGCUUCUUAAUAUCCUUAUACUGCCGCAAUGCCAACAAGAAGUCUUUUGUCUAUAGCUCAAAGCUACUCUUAAAACAAGCAUCUCUACUUGUACUUGUCUUACGACCAGGUAAAGUCUAUCAAAGUAGCACAAAAGGCAAACACACACACACACACACAGAAACAGACAAACCAAACACAGACACAGAACAUAAGAACGUAGCAUGUUAGUAGGAUACUAAGUCAUUAAGGUCCCUUUAUUGAAAAUUUCCAUCUUAUUUUUUGAAAGAAGAAACUAUAAAGCACAACCUAAAAUGAAUAAAAAGUAAAAAGUAUAAAAAAAAUCACAGAACCUACCUAAAAGAAAGAGAGAACGGAAAACCUAAACUAUUUUUAGUGUGUACCUUAAUUUUUUCAAAAAGAAGAAACGUAACGAAACCCUGAGAAAAGCGCAACAAAAAAAAAUAGGAAACUCCCAAAUAUGAAAUAAAAAAAGCAAAAGCCUAUAAAGAACUAAACAUACAUAUAUAUGGAAUGAAACAUAACAUAAACGUAAAAGUAAAAGCAAUAAAAAGCAAAUGCAUAGCUAUCAAAAUAAAAACGAGAGCAUAAUGAAAUAGGUUAAAGAAUAAAAACAAUAUAGUACUAUAGCAAAUAGUUUUGCGAUUGAGUGAAAAGUGUAGCAUACUUUUUUGGUUGGGUUGAGCCUAUUGGCUCACGGUGCGUAUGCGGAAUGUGACAAAAUGAAUGGCAUAUGAUAAAAGCAAAUACAAAAAAAUAAGAAAUAUAAAAAAAAAACUAUUUUAAUGUAGAGCAGUUGCAAAUAUUUAAAUGUGUCGUUAGUAGAAGAUGAAAAAAACAAAAAGAAAAAACAAAAAAGUGAAUGAAACCAAAAUAGUAGUAGCAUUGUCGUUAGCCAUAGUAGCAAAAGGAAAAUAAAUAGGUGGAUUAACUGGCGAGCAGAGGAGAAAAGAAGAGAAGAACAUACAUACCCCAACACAUCAAUCAAUCAAACAAAUAAGCAAAAGCAAAACUACAUACAUACAUACAUCAUAGCAUUAAAAAAUGAAGCAUCAAUGUUUGUGUAUAACUCCUGCAUGAAAUGUAAUACAAAAUACAUACAGCAUACUCAUACAUAGGUAUAGCAUACAUAUAUAUACAAUAUAUAUAUAUAUAUAUAAAUAAAUAUAGAGAUGUGAACAUGUCCCCCAGAAGCAAAAUAAAUCCACAGCCCAUAAACUAAUGCCGAAUCAAAGCAGACCGAAAAGAAAAAAACCAACCCAAAAAAAAUAAGAAAAAAAACAUGAAAUAUUAAGCAAACUAGAUGACAGCCACAUUAAAGUAACUAAAAAGUAAAAAGCGUAAACUAAAGUAAAGCAUAAUAGAUAAUACCGUUUAAGGCAUUCGAUCAUAAGCUACCCACAUACACACAAGAUAGACAUAGCAAGUGGUAUCGAAAUGCCAAGCUGGCUAAAGCAAACCCACAACUGACACCUCCAAAACGUUAACCUAACCGCUGCCGAAAACUUCACCGAGUUUAACCGCAGUUUAAAAUGAAUGCUAUAACCUCACUUUUAACAUAAUCAUUCCUGAUGCAGGCAGACCUCAACUUGAGCCAAGUUUAAACCCAAGAAUUCCUAAACUUCCUUCCCUUCAACCUCAAACUGUCAAAGCAAGCAAGUGUUUAAGCAUUUAGCCAGUUUCAAGCAUUUCGGACCAUUAAGACAUCAUCAACUUAAUAACAUGACAGGCAUUUUUUGAUACCAAACGAAAAGUGAAAGAAAGCAUUGUUUGAUUGUGAGCUAAGUUCCGACACUCGACACUUGAAACAAGUUUAAGUUACGACUAAAUCAUUUUGUAAUAUACUAUAUAAAACCGCAAAGCUAAGCAAAACUAUUCUUACGACUCGACUACAACUACAACUGUAACUGCACUCUAUAUGAACGAUAUAUGAAAGCCAUGACAUGCAUAUGUACUUAAUUGUAAAUCUUGUUUGUUCAAUCUACUGUACAACCAAACCAAACAAUUUGUAGUUAAGUUCAAUUGAAAUGCAACCCAAAACAUCUCCUACUACUGCCCCCUCAAAGUAUGCAAUACUUUUUGUCAUACAACUCUCACAAAAACACGCCCACAAACACACAUACACACACUGAAUAUGCAUACAAAUCAGCUAGGUGCAUGGCACUUCUUUAUAGUGUGUGUUUAGCAGCAGCAGCAGCAUUUACGAUUAAAUGCAUUGCGUAUUUAUUUAUGCAAAUUUAGUUAAAUGCAAAUUAAUUACAUAACUGCUAACUGCCAAUGAAAAUCUGAAAAGCGUUGCCAACAAACGCCGCAAAAUGAAAAUGUUUACAGACAACAAUAAGAAAGGCAGCAACAGGAACAAUAACAACAACCACUCCGGCUACUUUUCCAGGCAGCGAACAAACAAAUAAACAUAUACAACAACAACAAAAACCGGGGGCAAAGCCUCCAAGCAAAAAUUAUUUUUGCAUCAUUAAUUUACAUUUAUAUUCAAUUAAAGCGCAAACACAUGGCGCAUUAAACAAAAAGCAAAAAAAGCAAAACCAAAAACAACAUAAAAAUUGAAAGAAUGGAGGGCGCGUGCCAAGUGGGCGCUACACUGCGCGUGUGGGCGUGUCCUGGCACACAAACAAUGCCAAAAGUUGUAAGCAAACAAUAUGAGAAAAAAAACGACGAAAAAAAAACAAAAGUUCAGUGCCAACAAAAAUGAGGGAGAAACAACCGAAGUGAACAGCAAAGAAAUUGACCUAUUUUUUAUGCGUAUAGAUAGAAUGUAAUACCAUAAGGCAGAUUAACAGAUUUACAACUUUAAAGAUAUGUAAAUGAAAACGCACACAAGAAGAAAAAAAAUAAUGUACAAAAAGUUCUCUGACUUUUGGCAAGUUUUGCAAUGCAUAAAUUUCUUAAUUCCUUAAUAAAUCUAUCAACAAUUUUUUGAUGUUUCCUAAAAUGCAACAAGCUUCAAAAAAUUUCCGUGUGCAGUUCAUUUUGCUACCACUGAGAGCCACUUGACGUAGAGCUCACAUAAUGAAAUCCAUUUAAAACAUAAUUAAUCACAUGAUACACUCCAUUGGGAUGGAGGAGGAAGAACUCACAUACACUCAGAUUUUGAACGAGCAUUCAGUUUGGGGAAUUUUCAUUUGAAAGAAGUUUCCGGUGUGUGAAAGUUUGCAAAAUUAUGCAGUGGCAAGUUUUAAAACAAUUUAUAUUAAUUAACUAUUUAAAAUGCGCUUUCACAUUUGGCCUCAUGGCCACUUAAACAAAGUCAACACGUUUAAACAAUAUGCAUAACUAUGCUCGACCUGAUGAUGAUGAGGAGAGUUUGUCAACUUUUCGGCGGGGCUAUUUAAACAAUUUUCACAGAGUGCAUAAAAUAUAUAGUAGUAUUCGUAUACAUAUGUAGAACUCAUACGUGAAAUUGUUUUAUUUGCUUGUUUGUUUGUCUGUUUGUGCGUUUUAUUGUUUGUUCAUUUUAAUGCGGCUCUUGUUGUUGCUGCGGUUGUUUUGCUGCCAGCCGCUGUUUAAAAUCAGUUUAAGUUUUGUGCAGUUGUCAGUUAUGGAAAAUUACUUUACAAGUGAUGCAUUUAUAAUAAUUUGCAUAUUAAAUUAUUUUCAAUGGCAGUCCAAUGAUUUUUACAACAACAAAUACAACACACAAACACCAACACACGAACACUCACACACCACAAUAAAUGCAACAACAACAUGAAAGUAUAUAUAUAAAUUACAAAAGCAAAAAAAAAAUCCCUCAAACAAAAUGUGAAAAAAGAAGAAAGCAAAAAAAAAACCC